UUCUCCACAGCUUUUUUUGGUAUUGAAAGUGAGCAUGCGCAUAAUGAGGGGGUUGGCCCUCUGAAGUUUGAACAGAGCGGAAACGGCUGGUUUUGGGUUGCUUACUUUUUUGAGGGAAUAGGUCUACUUUGCAUCUCAGCAUGUCAGUAGUAACAGUGCAACUUGGUCAGUGUGGCAAUCAGAUUGGUUUUGAAGUAUUUGAUGCUCUGUAUAGUGACUCACACUGUCCCCAAGGACUCUGCUCUAAACGAGAAAAUGAGACAUAUCAAGCAUCUUCCAAAGAAAGAUUCUUUAGUGAGGAGGAAAAUGGAGUUCCAAUUGCCCGGGCUGUCCUUGUUGAUAUGGAACCAAAAGUUAUCAAUCAAACACUAUCAAAGGCUGCCCAGUCUGGCCAAUGGAAAUAUGCCCAGCAUUCGUGCUUCUGUCAAAAAGAAGGUUCUGGAAACAACUGGGCCUAUGGUUACUCUGUUCAUGGACCCAGGCACGAAGAAUCUAUAAUGAACCUCAUCCAGAAGGAAGUAGAGAAAUGUGACUCUUUGAGUGGUUUUUUCAUCAUAAUGAGUAUGGCUGGGGGCACAGGAUCAGGGCUAGGAGCCUUCGUCACACAGAAUUUACAAGAUCAGUACUCAAACUCUUUGAAAAUGAAUCAGAUUAUAUGGCCUUAUGGAACUGGUGAGGUUAUUGUUCAGAACUACAACUCCGUUUUGACUCUUUCUCACUUAUACCGAUCUUCAGAUGCCCUACUUGUUCAUGAAAAUGAUGCCGUUCAUAAGAUCUGUGCGAAACUGAUGAACAUCAAGCAGAUCUCCUUUAGUGAUAUAAACCAAGUCCUUGCGCAUCAGUUGGGAAGUGUGUUUCAGCCUACUUAUUCUGUGGAAGGUUCAUGUCACUACAGAAGAAAUCCAUUAGGAGACUUAAUGGAGAAUUUAGUUCCCCAUCCUGAAUUCAAGAUGCUGGGUAUUCGUAACAUUCCUCAAAUGUCUGAGAACUCACUGACAUACAGCACGUUUACUUGGGCUGGCCUCCUCAAACAUCUGAGACAGAUGCUCAUUUCUAAUUCAAAAAUGGAAGAAGGUAUUAAUUGGCAGGUACGGCCUCCUUUACCAGGACUUCCUACUCUUGGUAAAGUGUCUCUCAACAGGGAGCUUCAUUUUAACACUUCCAUUGCUAACUUGGUGAUCCUUCGUGGGAAAGAUGUACACAGUGCGGAUCUGGGAGGAUUUAAAGAUCCAGCUCUCUAUACUUCUUGGUUGGAGCCUAUUGAUGCUUUCAAUGUGUGGAAAACCCAGCGAGCCUUUAGCAAAUAUGAGAAGUCUGCAGCAUUGGUCAGCAAUAGCCAGUUCUUACUAAAACCACUUGAUACAAUUGUGGGCAAAGCCUGGAAUAUGUUUGCUUCAAACAAACGCCGGACUGGGAACCUGCCCACACAGGAUGGCUAAGAAUGGAGACGGCUUUUCCAACCUUGUGAUAUAAGGAAGCACAAAGACUGCUCAUCUAUUUAAAUAGCAAAACUUUUAAGGCUCUGGGCUUGAUUUUCUGUUGUCUCUUUCUCCAUUGCCUGUGAUUACAAGAUGAAACAAGUAUGUAGACAACAAACAAGCUUGGACUUCUGUCCUGGACUUUUCUGUAGAACUGAAUGUUUAAGAGCCAGAAUGCUUAGGUUUGAAUCCUUUUCCUGCAUCCUUCCUUCCUACACCAAACUACUAAACUUCUCUACCUUAAUUUUCUCAGGGGUCAUUGUAUGGAUUUUAAUGUUCAACAAUACCAAACAGCACUGAAAACAGCGCCUGGUACAAAGUAAGCAAACAAUCAUUAUCACAGUUACAGUAAUCCACUGUACUUCCUGGUAAAGGGCACAUCGGGGGAGGUUUCUAGGAGCUAAUCUUGAUUGCUGGUGUUACAUGGUUAUGCACAAAGAAAUAUACCAUAGAAGGGCCAUGGGAGUGGAGAGGGGCUGAUACGAUGGUCAGAAUGGAGCAGAAGUAUCUGAAGAGCCUCAAGAGCCUGGCCACUGUGAGGUGAGGCAGAGAAAGUUUGGUGCUUGUCAGAGGUUUAGGCCUGUCACUCAAGUGAAAGGACCUCUCAAGAGGCUUGGAGGUGCAUUAAAAAAUGAAAGGCAUCCUCUCAUUUUUACCUUUCAUAUUUUAUUUAUUAAAGAUUUUUUUUUUAUUUAUUCAUGAGAGACACACACAGAGAGAGAGGCAGAGACACAGGCAGAGGGAAAAGCAGGCUGGCUCCAUGCAGGGAGCCCAACGUGGGACUCGAUCCCAGGACUCUAGGACCAUGCCCUGGGCCAAAGGCAGAUGCUUAACCACUGAGCCACCCAGGGAUUUCCAGCUUUCAUAUUUUUUUAAAAAAUAUUUUAUUUACUUAUUCAUGAGAGACACAGAGAGGCAGAGGCAGGCUCCCCAUGGGGAGCCUGAUGUGGGACUUGAUCCCAGGACCCUGGGAUCAUGACCAGAGCCAAAGGCAGACGCUCAACCACUGAGCCACUCAGGCGCCCCGCCCCAGCCUUCUUUUAACUAAUGUAAAGAGGUUGAGAACAACAUAGUUCUUGGGGUGACUGGUGCACUUGGCUUCUGUACUACUGCUGAGAACCUGAGCUCUUUGUUUCCAACACAGCAUGGUGGCCAAAGAAGGACAAGACUAAUCUGAACAGUCAUUUCCCACCUUCAGGGAAAGGCAGAAGCAUCUCUCUUCAAAUCUCAAACUGCCUUAAGCCACAGAAAUAGAUUUUCUUUUUCCCAUCGGAAACAGGCUGGGACACACACAAUUAAGCAAUGCUGUCGGGUUGGUCAGUCAAAAGCGCCUGAAGGAAAAAGCUGCUCAUACUCUAACCCCCUAAAAGGGAUUCAUAGCAACAAAGGGAAAUGGCACAUUUAGGAUAAGGUGGGGAGAGACGUGUGGCAUACAAAGCCUUCCUUCUGAGAACAAGGCCUCUCCUGAGGCCUUUAGGUAGAAGGGUAUCAAGUCAAGUUGCACUUACCCCCUGGAAACUCUCAAAAGAAGACAGUAACUGUUAGCUGAGAUAGAUGGCUUGAGGUCCCUCUUAGAUGCCCAGAAUAAGCCUUCCCCUCAAGAAUUCAGGAAUGUGGUUUCCAACGCAAAUAAAGACUACAUUGUAGAAAUACUGCUGGAGUGUGUCCAAGCCCUCCCUCUGUCCUUUGAGUCAUUUGGAAAUAGUUAACAAACGGGUUGAACACCUGGGCUGAUUACCCACGAAGGGGAUUUCCAGACUCUAUCCUGUAAAAUCAUCUCCUCCCCUCCCAAAGCAAUUCUGUUCCAUUCUCUCUGAAUCUUUGCCCUAAAGACUCCAACAAAUUUUCUGAUUCUAGGCUUCCUAAGUUAGAGCAGCAACUGCUGCUGACACAAGGAAACAAGGAGCCAAGCAACUUUGUGCUUUUUAAAAAAGUUUAUUUUAAAUUAAAGGAACAGAUGUCCAAUGUUUCAAAAAGCCACACAUUUGUGGAUUUGGCUGACAAACCGUCUAAGCUGCAUUUCGUUUCUGUUCCCAUAGAGUCAGCCAGCCACUUACAACUGACUCACGCUGGGCCACAGUUUGGGCCGGUCUCCCAACUACACAGAAUUAGAAUCCCAAAUCUCAAAUGAAUCCAGGGUGUUUGGGUGGAGAGUGGGGGCCAUCUAAAAUAAAGUUUUUCUUUUAAUUUAGUAGUAUCAACACCCACACAGCAAACUGUGCAAGGCUAGUAGGUCAAAGAGAAUGAGCAAACAGUUGGCACCUGCCUAUCCCAGUACCACGCAAUUCUAAAGGCAAUGAGUAAGCAGCUGUCCAGAACAGGUUUUUAUUACAAUCUCUUUUAUGAGUACUGGUUAAAUAUGCAAAUACAUGUAGGUUAUUUGCUGCAAUUCAAGGCCUCACGCCCAAGGAAAUGCAUUACCUCAGGUGAACUCCUGGCCUUGCUGGAAAGGGCAGGAAUCUAAUCCCCUGACUACCAGACACAAAUGACUCAAUUGAUUUUAGAAUUUUCAAGUACAUUAUGUGCUUUCUUCUCAUUGUCUUUGAAAAUAAAGGAACAAACAUUUCAGAUGCAACAGUUUUGCUUAGCAUUUCACUUACCAUGUUUUAUGAAUACCAGAGAAGCUUUGAUCAAUGUCAGUUACAAAUGGAAUGUUUUUUGGCUUUCACAAAUGGCUAUUAAACUCUUGCUUUGAGGGGUCUGGCUGGCUCAGUCAGUAAAGCAUGCGACUCCUGAUCUAGGGGUUGUGAGUUCGAGCCCCACAUUGGAUGUGGAGCCUACUUAAACCCAAAUCCCAAAUUCCCGCUUAAGUUGUUUUAACUUUUUGUAAGCACAUUAAAUAACUAUGAAUAAAAUAAACCAAAUUUUUUGUUUUUCUAAAAAAAAUAAAACUUUUACAUCUAUUGAGGAAGGUCUUGCCUGACAACUUUUUUUUCUUAACUGUUUUAACUAUUUAUACCCAUCAAACCUCAUUGGAUAUUCUAGAUGAAGUUUUUUUUUUUUUUAAGAUUUUAUUUUAUUCAUGAGAGACAGAGGCAGAGACAGAUGCAGGCUCCCUGCAAGGAGCCCAACAUGGGACUCAAUCCCAGGACUCCAGAAUCAUGCCCUGGGCUGAAGGCAGGCCCUAAACUGCUGAGCCACCACGGCAUCCCAAGUUGAGGUGUUUCUAACCAGGUAUUAAAAGUGGAUAUUUUAUUUUUCCUCUACCUUCGACUUUAUUUAUUUUUUAUUUUUUUAAAGAUUUUAUUUAUUUAUUCAUGAGAACACACAGAGAGGACUGAGAGAGAGAGGCAGAGACACAGGGAGAGGGAGACGCAGGCUCCAUGCAGGGAGCCCGACGUGGGACUGGAUCCCGGGUCUCCAGGAUCACGACCUGGGCUGAAGGCGGCGCUAAACCGCUGAGCCACCCGGGCUGCCCUACCUUCGACUUUUUUAGUACUAAUGUCCUUUUAAAAAUAAAUUAGGAAACCAACAUUUUAAGGUGCUAAUGUUAGAAAAGUAUUUUCAACUAUUUUAUAGUAAACUUUGUGUAUCUGUGCUUUGUACUUUAUGUUGCCUAGCUGGGGGCUUAUUUUUACAUUUAACAAGGUUUUGGUUUUACCAAGUCAACUGGUUCCUUAAUUUCUGCUUUUCUAUUAAUUUGUAUCUUGGGUUUGACAUUUUCAGAGUCUAUCUACACCAUAACAAGGGCAUACAUGCUAAGAGUAUUUAAAAAUGUGUGGGCAGCCCGGGUGGCUCAGUUGUUUAGUGCCGCCUGCAGCCUGGGGUGUGAUCCUGGAGA